UUGGGCUCAGUACAAAACAUGCUAGCAGCCGGCUCACAGUUUAUUUAGUAGUUGACUCUCGUACUGUUAAUAUAAUACUUGUGCAAAAGUUGGCAUAUUUAUUAUAUCCUAUUCGCGUGCUUGUGCUAUUGCUGAUGAUUUCGAGAGCAUUAUCAAAAAAUAUAACAACUAUUUAAAUUUAGUUUAUUUUAAUUUUUUUUUUUUUUUAACAUUUAUAUUUUGCAGUGAUUUUUUUUAUUUCAUUAAUAUAAUUCAUAACUUCAAAGUAUUAAGUGUUAAUUAUAAACAAGAAAAAAAUAACUGUGAUUAAAUUAUUUUUUUUUUUUUUAAUUAUUUUACAUGGCAUCACUUCGUAGUGUAACAGAUCGAUUAUCAUGUCGUCAAGUAUUAAAUAUUAUGGUGAUACUCGGCUUUAUGCUCAAUUAUAUGUUAAGAGUAAAUUUAACAAUUGCAAUAGUUGCAAUGGUAAUUCCAAAUAAGACAUCACAUUCCAAUUUAUCUGAUGUUAACCAUGAGUGCUCGGGAGCAUUUCUUUCAACUGCUAUUAAUAACAGAACAAUUAAAAACUUAGAAGAUAUUGACGAUAUAAAUAAUGUAACGCAAGUAACGGAGAGGGUACCUGACGAAAGAUCACAAACGAGGUAUGCUUGGGAUGAAUAUCAAGUGAAUUUUAUUUUGGGUGCAUUUUUCUGGGGAUAUAUUUGUACUGAAUUACCAGGAGGACGUUUGGCUGAAGUUAUUGGUGCUAAAAGAGUUUUUGGAUACUCAAUGCUUAUUUCAAGUAUUGUAACUCUUCUCACACCAAUUUCUGCUACAUUUGGGUAUAAAUUUGUUGCUGGUCUAAGAAUUAUUUUGGGUUUUAUGUUGGGUGCAACUUGGCCAGCUAUACAUCCAAUGACAUCCCUUUGGAUUCCUCCAACAGAAAGAAGCAAGUUCAUCUCAAAUAUGAUGGCUUCAUCACUUGGUGCUGCAAUUACUAUGCCAAUCUGCGGCUUUCUAAUAGCAUCAGUUGGCUGGGAAUCUGUUUUCUAUCUGACCGGUGGAAUAAGCAUUAUCUGGAGCAUCGCCUGGUUUACUCUUGUCUAUGAUUCUCCAGCAAAACAUCCGAGAAUUACUAAUGAAGAGAGAAGAUUUAUUGAAGAGUCUAUUGGCACAACGUCUUCAAAGAAGGUGCAUGCUGUUCCUUGGAAGUGUAUUUUUACGUCACUACCUGUUUGGGCGAUUAUCAUCACUCACGGAUGCAGUGUCUUUGGAUACUUUACUGUUGUUAAUCAACUUCCUACUUAUUUUAAAUAUAUUUUAAAUUUUAAUAUUAAAGCGAAUGGACUUUUAUCAUCACUACCUUACAUAGGAAAGUAUGUUUUCGCACUGGCAACAUCAACAUUAGCAGAUUAUCUCCGUCGUUCAGGAAAACUUUCAGUUACCGCAAUCAGAAAAAUAUUCACUACAUUUGCUGUGCUAAUACCAGGAUUGUUGAUGAUACUUCAAGCAAAUUUUGGUUGUGAUCGAGUAAUAUCUGUUGUAAUAUUUACAAUAGCAUUAACAAUAAAUGGUGCCGUGACUGCUGGUUACCUUGGCAAUGGUCUCGAUAUUGCUCCUAAUUUUUCCGGUACUAUAUUUGGAUUAGCCAAUACACUAAGUUCACUAGGUGGUUAUCUAAGUAGUUUUAUGGUCGGUCAAUUGACUUAUAAAAAUCAAACCUAUCAUCAAUGGUCUAUUGUUUUUUGGAUUUUAUCAAUAACUUAUAUUAUCGGUGCAAUAACAUUUGCUAUUUUUGGUUCGGGUGAAUUACAAAAAUGGAAUAGUCCUGACAAUAAUAAUAUACCGCAAUUAAAAAAAAUUGAUCAUAAUGAUUCGAAAAAUAAUGAAGAAGUUAUAUCACUAAAUGAGAAAAGAUCAUCGGACUGAUUGUUUUUUAUUAUUUUGAAAUACUAUUUUAAAUCAUUUUUAUUCACAUAAAUAAAUAACUGUGUUUUUUUCUUUUUGCAAUUUAUAAAUGUAAAUACACAU